CUCCUACUCUCCCCCACACAAGAUUAAGAAAAUGGAGGAGCAACUCGAACUGAACCCUAACUCGGUACACGGACUCAGUGAGUCAGAAAAGGACGACGCACCGGUUCUGAGUUCUCAUGCUCUCGCCGCCCUCAAAGAAUUCCUCGCCGAGCAGAAGGGCCACUCCGUCGCCGAUUCCCACGCCGGAAACGCCGCGGAUACCGAUGUUGCUCUUGUAUCCGAGGAUUGGAGGUUAAGCCAGUUCUGGUACAGCGCAGAAACCGCAAAGACCGUUGCUGAAGAGGUUCUCACUCUCUGCAAUGGCGUAAAUUCUCGCGUUGCCUGCAUCGCUUGCCCUACUCUCUAUGCUUAUCUCAAGAAAAUGGAUCCUAAUGUUUCUGUGCAAAUUCUUGAGUAUGACAAUCGUUUUGAGCAAUACGGAAGUGAUUACACAUUUUAUGACUACAAUCACCCUGAGGAGUUACCAUCAGAAUUGAAGCAUUCAUGCAAAGUUGUGAUUGCAGAUCCUCCUUACUUGAGCAAAGAGUGCUUGGAGAAAGUUGCUGAAACAAUUUCCUUGCUCAUGCAACCUGGAGAGUCAUUUUUGCUUCUACUCACAGGUGAAGUGCAGAAAGAAAGAGCAGCUGAGAUCCUGGGCUUGCAUCCUUGUGGUUUUAGGCCUCAGCACUCCAGCAAACUUGGAAAUGAGUUUAGGCUGUUCACAAACUAUGACCCUGGAACGAGACUAGGAGGGUGGGAAAAAAGGUGUCUGAAGCUGUAGUGUUGGAUUUGAUGUCGGGUGAUUGGACGAUCUUGUCUGCCACUAUGAGGAUAUGGAAGCUAAUCUGCUUGACUAACUGAUUAAAUACGAACAUUUUUGUGUCAUGAAUUUUAGCUUCUAGGAAAACGAGCGUAAUUUGACUUUGCUGGUCAGUUGUCCCAAUUCCCUUUGAGAAAUAGUUGUAAAAGAUUGUUAGGAGAUGAGUUUCAUUGGUCCAGUCAAAAUUUCUCUUUUUUUAUAUUUGGAAGUUGAGGUAAAUCUUGGACCUAACCAAAUCCAAGAUUCUGAAUGAAAACAUCUAUUGCUAAGGGAAAUUUCAAUAUGGGAUCUAACGUUUG